UCCCUUGUGUUUUUCGCUCCGAUUUGGUAAAACAUCGGACGGGAUUAUUGAUUGGAGCGGCCGGCGGUCGGGAAGGAGAAAUAUUUGCACUUUUUAGUUCGUUUGCGGACCGAGAAAAAAUCCGGGGAAAAAAUGCAAGACGUAAAAGAAUUAUUACCACGGCCGAAGCACUAGAUAUGCUUAUUAUUGCUUCUCAUAAUGUUCAUUAUUGCGAGAAAAAGGAAAAAUUACUCAAACAGAUUAUUGUGGCUAACGAGGGGAUGAAUAACACGAAACAUUAUCUUUAUUACGAAGCGACUUGGGAGGGAAAACAAGAUAGAUUUGCUGAUUUGCCACUCCAACACUUACUUACUCUGGAAGAAAUG